AUGCUUAUGUAUCCACGUAAGGAUCUCAUCACCGAUCCAUACAACUCAGAGGACAUCAUCAUACAAGACGAUCAAUACCCUCCGGGCUUUGACGAGAACUCUUUGCAAUAUCAGCAAUCUUCUCUGGAGUCACCUUUCCAUUACCAACCACAGUUCGCCUCUCCGCCGUCUUCCGCGCCUUCCUCUCCCGCCUUCUCUUCCCCGACCUUCUCGAUUCCCUACCCCCAGGCGGACAGUCAGUCUUUCGGGGCUCCUUCGAUGACCCCUGCUUCCUCCUACAACCCGUCUUUUGACAUCCAAGGCUCCGCCUCGCCUUCGCAGCAGUUUCUCCCGCAAUACCAGCAGUACUAUACGUCCAUGUUGGCCCAACAUCCCAUCGCCAGCAACCAGGGUUGGGACGGCAACCUGCAACUGCUGAGCCCUGCACGCAUCCCAUUCCCUCAGAAGCCCUCGCCUGGUUCAGCGUCCUCGCGGUCUGCUCCUUCCGGUCACCCGGUCUCGCCCAACGUCAACGCUCACCGACGAUCCGCCAGCAACUCCAAGCCGCUGCCCACGCCUUCACAGACGCCGAUCCAGAGCUCUUUCUUGGCUGCUCCCUUCCAGAACUACGAUCCAUCGCACCACGAUGGUAGUCACGCCGAAGCCGAGUCUGCUAUGAGAAAGGCCAUCUUGGAUCAGCAACAGAAGUCCCAGUCUUCCCCUUCGCAGCAGCAGCAGAGCGAGUACUCCCUGGCUCCGUCGGUUUCUACCCUGAGUCAUAACUCCCCGGUCACCCCGCAGAACAGCCUGGAGGAGAUCGACGAGUCGAAGAUGACCAAUGGUGAGAACCGAUCUCUUGACGUUGACCGAUGGAUGGACGAUUACUUACGCUUUGAUGCAGAAUACGCCAACGGCAACGGUGGCAUGAUCGGCAUCCCCAAGCUGAACCGCACCAUUUCCGAUAUCUACCAGGACGAGCUGUACAACCCCACCAUCAUGGCAGCUCCUCAAAUUACCAAGCCGAUGAACCAGAACCUUCUGACCCCGCGCAAUGUCAUCGCCGACCGACUCAAUGCUGCUAACCAGGGCCACUUGACUUCUCGUUCUGGAUCCCCUCUGGGCAGCAUGAAGCGCGAUCAUUCUCCCUUCCGUGCGACUUCUCCGUUCGCGGGUGAUAUGAAUGGUCCUACUCUCCAGUCCCAGAUGGCCACCAGUGUCCCCAUGGGUCAGAACGGCAUGAGUCAGAAUGGCAUGGGCAUGCCCUCUGGCAACCCGGGUGAAAUCAAGACCAUGUCCCCCAAGGACGCCGUCUUGGAUUUCAACGAGAAUGAUGAUGCUGCCAUGCCUCCUCUCUUCACCCCGGGCCAGGGAGACUUCAACUUGGGUGAUGCUCUCGGUCUGCGCCGCGAAAGCUCCGGCUCGAUGCGCCUUCCGCAGAACAUGACCUCAAUGGAUGCAUUCCCUGCCCAGUACGCUACGGCGCAGCAGCCCCAGUUCGGAUACCCUCAGCAGACUCAGCGACAGCCGAUGAUGCAACAGGCUGAGUUCCCUGCGUCGCUACCUCAAUACGAAUCCAGCGGGCAUUCCUCUACGGAUAUGACUCCUCACGCACACGCGAAGCUGCCUGUUUCCGAGGGUAUUACUCGCCCGAGCAAUACCUCAUCAGAUGCCGGUACCUACACUUGCACCUACCACGGCUGCAGCCUCCGAUUCGAGUCUCCUUCGAAGCUUCAGCGCCACAAACGCGAGGCCCACCGCCAGACUACUCCUGGCGGUCACUUGAUUACCCGCGAUACUUCGCUGCGCAACUCUCAGGCCGGCCCUCAUAAGUGCGAGCGCAUCAACCCGUCUACUGGCAAGCCGUGCAAUUCGAUCUUCUCGCGGCCCUACGAUUUGACCCGCCACGAAGACACGAUCCACAAUGCACGGAAGCUUAAGGUCCGGUGCCAUCUGUGUACCGAAGAGAAAACCUUUAGCCGCAACGAUGCCCUUACACGUCAUAUGCGCGUUGUCCAUCCCGAAGUGGACUGGCCCGGCAAGCAGCGUCGCCGUGGCUAA